AUGUCUAAAAUAGUACUGAUUGACGUUGAUUCCACGCUUAAUAAUUUUCAAGAAUAUUUCGUUAAACUGUUCCUUGAAAAGAACCCCGAAUUUAAAGAUAAAGUUCCUGAAGAACCAGUUCAUUUCGAUUUUAUGAAAUUGGAUAAACAAAAGGGAUUAGAAAUACUACAAGCUCCUGGAUUCACAGAAGGAAUGACUCCAUUACCAGGAGCCGUUGAAGCCAUAAACACACUUGAUUCAAAAGGAUAUAAUAUUUUCUUUUGUACUGCCCUUGUUACAGAUGAUUCACCCGCAAUGAGAGAUAGAGUUCAUUGGAUUGGAAAAUGGUUCGGUCAAAAGUGGAUGGAUAAAAUUAUUUUUGCAAAAGACAAAACAAUGGUACGCGGCGAUUUUUUAAUUGACGAUUCACCAUUUAAAACAAAAGGAUGCACAGUUCCGUUAUGGAAACUAAUUAUUUUCGAUGUGAAAUACAACAGAGAAGAUGAAUCUUACGGAAGGAUUUACAACUGGACAGAUAUCGAUAAAUUGUUACAAAUCUUAGAACGCGAAUGA